UCAUGCAGGGCAAUCUCAUUGUCCUCCUUGUUUUUCCCAUGUGGCUUCUAACAUCCUGGUUUGAGUUGCUGGAUGCCCGUCGCUGGAAGUAUUCAAGUUCUCCUCCAGCAAAAUGUAACCUGCCUCCAGUAACAGGAAUGUGCAAAGCAGCCUUUCCACGUUUUUACUAUGACACCAAAACAAGGCAGUGUGAGUUUUUCCUUUAUGGUGGCUGUCAAGGCAACGCAAAUCAGUUUGAAAGUCCAUUGGAUUGCAUUUGGGAGUGUGAACGAUUCGAUCGUCCACCAGAAAAAUGCAGACUCCCUGCAGCAAAGGGCACAGGAAAAAUACUCUUCAAGCGCUAUUACUAUGAUUUUAACAACAAAGUGUGCAGGACACUCAUUUAUCGUGGCGAAGGAGGCAACAAAAACAACUUCCACAGUCUUCAAGAGUGUAUUGAGCAGUGUGCACAGUUUGAACGCAUGCCUGCAAAAUGUGAUUUGCCUAAAGAAACGGGCUUGUGCAAGGCAUCUUUCCCUCGCUACUAUUUCAAUGUCAAAAGCGGCCGGUGUGAGGAGUUCCGUUACGGUGGCUGUGGGGGCAACGACAAUAACUUUGAGACUGAAAUUGAUUGCAUUCGGAAUUGUGAAAGCUACAGCGGAUGGUGAGCCCCAGUAAAGCUGCAUCUGUAUCACUUCCAACACAUUAACAUGCAGUGGAUCAAUAAGGAACAAAAGUGAAAGUGCACAGAUUUUCACGAAUAUCUGUCAGGCUUCAUCGUCCAGAUCCAGCAGAUAUUCUUGCCAGUAAAUUCACCUAUUCUUUAGCAUCUGUGGAUUCAACUUCUUACCCUCAGUCUCUUCAUCGUCAGAAGCCGUUGUGAUAGGAGGGGCGAAGACGAUAUCACUGCAAAAUGUGGCAUUGAGUGGAAUAAAUCCUCUGACUUCACCAAGACAUAGAAGAGGCACCACUGGAUGGAAAGGACCUCUCUCUGAAGCCUGGCAAACAGCUGCCAUUUCUGUAAAGCCUAUACCGAUUGUCGGCAGG